AAGGGCGAUCUGUAAGCAUCGUGGACUUAGAGCUAUGGACAGAAUUUGGUGGGAAGGGAGAAGGCACAUCUGCAUGGGCAUGUGCAGCGUGUGGUGGGGCAGGGACAGCAUGAGUAACUGGCCCAGCCUACCCAUCAGGGACAUGGUAAAGGGGUUUUUAGGGCCUAAUUUCGGGGGCCAGGAGGGAUUCCGUGCUGCUUUAUGGAAUAGGCAUUUGUUAGUUCAGGGGAGUAUUAUGGGAAGGAGCGGCUGAGAAGCAACCCAGUGGAUCGUCUACUUAGAGGGCUAUAUGGGAGGAUGGAUUUCAGAAAAAUCUGUCUUGUUUCCAAUAAGAAGAGCAUUCCUUGGAGGCAGAUCUGUGUGGUAUUUCUCAGUGUUCUGACUUCCCAGCUAUCACCACCUAGUACCUGGCCCACAUUCGGGUGAUGGUUGAGUAGGGGAAGUGCCAUCUUCUGGUGUGGAUGAGAAGAGCAGCUGAGCAGGACCCGGUGGUCUUGCCGCCAUGGUCCUGUUCCUCUUUGGCCGUCUCAUAACUCCCUCCUGCCAACGCAGCCUUGUUCUUUCCCUCUGCACAGAAGGGUCUGACUCUCCAGUGCAGCCCUCAUCUGUGCUGGGAUAUGGCAGGGUGGGUGCUGAUGUAAGACAACUGGCCUCUGUUAUGUUAACCUUCAGGUUGCCCCCGAUCUGGACUCUGAGACUUUUUGAGGGCAGCUGGCUCCGUGGUGGGUCCAGUGGAGUAAAGGGCAUGGCUUUGGUCUAAGUCAGCUUCCAGCCCAGUUUCUCACCACUGCUGGCCUGGGUGUCGUCUCUCUAUCCCAGGGAUGGGAAUUUGUUGGUCACAUCAGGACUUCCAGGUUGUGGCUCAGACUCCAGUACCCGCUCUGUCCUUCCAUCUCUCCCCAGGUCAGUUUGCUGUGGUGAGAGGAAGAGAGGCAGAAGUGGCUGGUUCUCAGAUCUUACAGCCCUCCCACCCCCAUGGACACCAUGUUGGGAACCAGACUCCGAGCUCAGCAGAGCAGUAGCCAGAAUGGCCAGGAGGUAGUAUGGCCCCUUCCAUUCCCAGAACACCUUCUGCCCUCUCCCCUCCCCUCCUGUACACCUCACUCUUAGAGCCUCCCUCCUUCUGCCAAGGACUUUGAGUCUUUUCACCCCUCCCUGUGGCCACUUUCCAGACUAGCCCGUGGAGCUCGGGCUUGGGGAUGAAGCUGGAGGCUGUCACCCCAUUCCUCGGGAAAUAUCGCCCCUUUGUGGGUCGCUGCUGCCAGACCUGCACCCCCAAGAGCUGGGAGUCCCUCUUCCACAGAAGCAUAAUGGAUCUGGGCUUCUGCAAUGUGAUCCUGGUAAAGGAGGAGAACACCAGGUUUCGGGGCUGGCUGGUUCGGAGGCUCUGCUAUUUCUUGUGGUCCCUGGAGCAGCACAUACCCCCCUGCUGGGAUGCCUCACAGAAAGUCAUGGAAAGCACUGGGGUACAGGAUGUCAUCUCAGGGAGGGCUCCAGGGGGAGCUGGGGAAGGCCAGGUGCCCAGCUCAGUGAAGAAGGAGGUACAGCGCAUCCUGGGUCACAUCCAGGCCCCGCCCCGCCCCUUCCUGCUCAGGCUGUUCAGCUGGGUGGUUCUGCGGUUCCUGAACUGCCUCUUCCUGAAUGUGCAGCUCCACAAGGGCCACAUGAAGAUGGUCCACAAGGCUGCCCAGACGGGCUCGCCGCUCGUCCUCCUUUCUACCCACAAGUCACUCCUGGAUGGGCUCCUGCUGCCCUUUGUCCUGCUUUCCCAGGGCUUGGGCGUGGUCCGUGUGGCUUGGGACCCAUGUGCCUGCUCCCCCAUCCUCAGAGCUCUGCUGAGGAAGCUUGGGGUGCUUUUCCUGCCCCCAGAGGCCAACCUCUCCCUGGACAGCUCUGAAGGGAUUCUUGCAAGGGCUGUGGUCCAAGCGGUUGUGGAGCAGCUGCUGGUCAGUGGGCAGCCCCUGCUCAUCUUCCUGGAAGAGCUCCCUGGGACCCAGGGGCCUUGGCUGUCAGCCCUGGGCCAGGCCUGGCUGGGACUGGUGGUGCAGGCGGUCCAGAUGGGUGUUGUCCAAGAUGCUAUGCUGGUGCCGGUGGCCAUCACCUAUGACCUGGUUCCAGAUGCAUGCGAUACGUACCAUGCCACAGCCCCACGGGGGCUGUGGACAGGAGCUCUGGCUGUCCUACGAAGCCUGCGAGGCUGGUGCCGUGGCCCCCAGGUCUGUGUCCGUGUGCACCUGGCCCAGCCUUUCUCCCUGCAGGAAUACACCAUCAAUUCAAGAAGCUGCUGGGGCAGCAGGCAGACCAUGGAGCAGCUGCUGCAGCCCAUUGUGCUGGGCCGAAGUACUGUCGUCCCAGACACUGAGAAGGAGCAGGAGUGGACCCCAAUAACUGGGCCCCUUCUGGCCCUCAAGGAAGAAGACCAGCUCUUGGUCAGGAGGCUGAGCCGUCACAUCCUGAAUGCCAGCGUGGCAAGCUCUGCAGUCAUGAGCACAGCCAUUAUGGCGACGCUGCUGCUGUUCAAGCACCAGAAGCUCCUGGGGGAGUUCUCCUGGCUGACAGAGGAAACGCUGCUGCGUGGCUUUGACGUGGGCUUCUCCGGUCAGCUGCGGUGCCUGGUGCGGCACACUCUGAGCCUGCUGCGGGCACACGUGGCUCUACUGCGCAUCCACCAGGGCGACUUGCUGGUGGUCACUCGGCCCGGCCCAGGCCUCAUGCACUUGGCACGCCUGAGCACCCAGCUGCUGCCUGCCUUCCUGAGUGAGGCCCUGGGUGCCUGUGCAGUUCGGGCACUGCUGGCAAGCAAGGUGCCACCAGAGGGGCCCUGGGAGCUGCAGGGCAUCGAGCUGCUGAGCCAGAACGAGCUGUACCGCCAGGUCCUGCUGCUGCUGCAUUUGCUGCCACAGGACAUGCUGCUGCUGCAGCCUUGCCAGUCUUCCUACUGCUACUGUCAGGAGGUGCUGGACCGUCUCAUCCAAUGUGGGCUUCUGGUUGCUGAGGAGACCCCAGGCUCCCGGCAGGCUUGUGACACAGGGCGACAGCGUUUGAGGGCCAAGCUGCUGUGGAAACAGAGUGGGGACUUUACUGAUAGUGACAGUGACAGCGAUGACUUCGAGGAGGCUGAGGGCCGGUACUUCAGGCUCAGUCAGCAGUCUCGCUGCCCCGACUUCUUCCUCUUCCUGUGCCGCCUGCUUAACCCGCUGCUCAAGGCCUUCGCACAGGCUGCCACCUUUCUCCACCAGGGCCAGCUGCCUGACACAGAGUCGGGCUACGUGGAGCAGCUGUUGCAGUUCUUGCAGGCCACUGCCCAGGAGGACGGGUUCUUCGAGUGUGCGGAUCCAAGUCUCGCCAUCAAAGCUGUCUGGACCUUCAGAGACUUGGGGGUGCUGCAGCAGAAGCCCAGCCCUGCAGGCCCCAUGCUCCACCUGUCCCCUACAUUUGCCAGACAGGACAAUCAGGAGAAGCUGGAACAGUUCAUCCAGCAAUUCAUUUGUGGCUAGAACUGUGGGUUAAGCCUGUGCUAAGACUUCUCAGCCCCAGAACACACCAAGCCCUGGAGCCAGAGGCUGCCCAUAAAAUCAUUGAGGUUUGAUUGUCUCAUUGCCUCUUGCUUUCUCCCGUCCUUUGGUGUGACAAACGAGAGGCCUGGACUGGACAAGUCCUCUUUCCAAGCCCAGCAG